AUGACAGAUCCAAGUAACAUCCAACAGAUUAAAGAUAUUAUCAAACCAAGCGAUGCAACAGCAGUAACUUACUUCAGAGACUUGCUUUGGGUCGGUGAUAAAACAGGAAAUGUUUACGUAGCGUCGAAAACAGAUAAAGGAGGGAAAUCAUCAUUUACAAUUAAAUACACAUUAUCUCCAAUAAUCAGAAACCAUCUUAUUAAGACACUUAUCCCUGUUGAAGACCCUUGCGUCAUGAUUGUUCAUUAUACAACACUUGCUGACGCUCCAGGUCCAGUAGAAAUUGUCAGACGCGGUGGAAUUCGCACAACCAUCCCUCAAAAUGCUUCGAUUGCCUUAACAUCAGGUAAAAAGGCAAAUCCAAGAAUUGUAUUAGUAAAUGAUAAAGCAAUUACAGGAUACUGCUUCUGCGGAGGUGUUCUUCUCCAAGAUUUCACCUUCGAUGCACCAUCAAAAGUUCGUGCAGCAGCAAUGACAGAGAAAACAGUAAUUUAUUGCUGCGACAAGACAUAUUAUUCAUACGACAUCUCUACCAAGGCAACAAGAGAACUUGCUUCAGCCCUUAUUUCCACACCAAUUGUUCAUAAUAUCGGUAAUAAUCAGUUACUUGUUACAUAUCAAGAAUUCAUGAAUAUCCAAGGCGGAACAUACGAUGCAAACGGCGAAACAACAAACUACCAUCCAACAUACGGUCCCCCAUUAGCUUUCUACGGUCCAGAAAAGGCAUUAUAUCAAUUCUUCCAAAAGAACUUCAUCCGCUCAAAUCUCCUUACUACAGAAGCAUCAUCCAUCGUAUUUGAUGUCCCAGGAGUAAGAUUAUAUACCAUGAUCAAGACAGAUUUACUUAUUAUUACAAAUGAUGCUUGGAAGAUUGUUGGAUCCAUUCCUCCACCAUCCGAUCUUCUUGAGAUGCUCACAGGAGGUCAAGCUGAGAGGGUCUACAAGCUCCUCACCGCUCUUUCUCCAGAUCAAGCUUCAGAAUCCGCAAUUGGCAUCUUUAACCUCAUGUGGCCUAAAGAUCAGAUGGGCGCUUUAGAUUUCCUUACGAAAUUUACAUGGCUUUCCCAUCCAAGAGAGCUUCUUUCUUUGUUUGAAGAUCUUAAGUUGCCAGGAACCAGAAAAGCAAGAAUUUCGCCAACAAUUCAGAUCGCUGGUAAUAAGAACUACAUAAAUAUCUACACAAAACUCGCUGAAGUUCUCGAAAAGAAUGUAAAUGAUUAUGUCAACGAAGGAUUACCAUCGAUUGUCAUCAGAUACGCAACAACUGCACUUGCAGAGGUUUACGCAAUCAUCCAUGAGACAAGAAAGCUCAACGAUAUCAUUAUCCAAAAUAAUGAAGAAUCAUUAGACAAAGAAACUCUCUGGAACUUCGUUGAAACCGCUAAUUCUGAGAAGAAGUUCCCAGUUUCACCAGCGUUGGCCGUUCUCAAAACGAGGAAGGGAGACAUUUCGGAAGCCGUCAACAUUUGGAAGCAAUUAUACGAAACAACCAAGGAUACCGCUUAUCUUACGAAUUGUUCUUUCACUUUACAAGAAUGUUCUGACCAAGAUUUCUUCAUUAAGACGAUUGAUUGGAUUUAUCCAAAUUGUCCAUCAGCCGCCAUCAAUUCCUUGUUGUCCAAGAACCAUGAUACAACAAUGGUAUUGAACUGGCUCGCCAAGAACAACAGAGAACAAGAGAGAAUCCUUUACAUUGAUUAUUUGAUGUGUUUACCUGACUAUACACCAUCAGUUCAGCUUAUCGAUGAAUGCUUCAAGAAGUAUAUCAUCCUUUUAUCCGGCUUCGAUUCAGAUAAAUACAAAGAAAAAGAUAUUAAAUUCACAUCUGCUGCAAGAAUCCAGAAAUUGACCGGAAACGAACUUAAAGCAGCCGCUAAAGAGGAAAUCAAUACCAAAGCCAUCAGAAUCCUUGAGCAACACUCCAAAUUUAUUUCUGCCGAGAAAUAUCUUAGUUACAUUAACUCAUCCAUUGAUCCCAAGAUCGCUCUUACCAUCUACAGAGUCACAGGAAAGUACUUAGAGGCCCUAACUCUCAUCCUUAAAGGAAAAGAUCCAAUUCCAUUUGAAGAAGUCGAAGAAUUCUGCAGAGCAGCACCGGAUCCACCACAAGCAUUCCAAGCAGCAUUCACUUUGAUUGGAGCUGACAAGUUGUUCGAUAAGAAAUGCGAAUUCAUUUCAAGAAAUAUUUCUUACAUCGAUCCUGUCUCAACAAUCAAGAUGAUCCCGAAGGAUACUCCAGUCAAACAAGUCGCUGAUGUUAUCAGAAUCCUCUUCAACCUCUUAGUCCAAAGAAAUGAGUCUCUUGACAAGCAAAUCGCAGUCACAGAGUCAAUGAAAGUCGAUGCAGAGUACAAACUAGCAAAGGCAAGGUCUUCUUCUGUUGUUAUUGAUAAGACAACUGUCUGCGCUACUUGCGGAAAGCCAAUUAACGAUGGCCAGAUUUAUGUUGACCCUGAUGGAACAGUUUACCACGGAAAUGAAACGUGCAAGAAGGCAAAGAGCACUUUUUAA